UUACAGGGUCUCAAAAUGAGUGGGAAAAUUCAGGUGUACCAUCAGCGAAGUGAAAGGCAAACCAAAGCAUGCAGAUUCACUCAAAGAGCAGUAGCCAUGUCUUCCAGUUCAGCAAUGUUGCGGAUCCUGAUCAAGGGCGGGAAAGUAGUGAACGAUGACUGCACUCAGGAGGCAGACGUUUACAUUGAGAACGGAAUAAUCCAGCAGGUCGGGAAGGAGCUGAUGAUCCCAGGAGGGGCCAAGGUGAUCGACGCCUCAGGGAAACUGGUGCUUCCUGGGGGCAUCGACACCAGCGUCCACCUGGAGGAGACCUUCAUGAAUGCUGUGACAGCAGAUGAUUACUACAGUGGCACUAAGGCUGCUUUAGCUGGAGGCACAACAAUGGUGAUCGGACAUGUUCUGCCAGAGAGAAAUGAGUCUUUGCUGGAAGCCUACGAGAAGUGUCGCAGCUCAGCAGACUCUAAAUCCUGCUGUGACUAUGCUCUGCACGUGGGAGUUACAUGGUGGGGACCCAAGGUACAAGCUGAGAUGGAAAAGCUUGUACGGGAAAAAGGUGUGAAUUCCUUCCAGAUGUUCAUGGCAUAUAAGGACACGUUCAUGCUGAGAGACAGCGAGCUCUUCCAAGCCCUGCAGCACUGUAAGGACAUCGGAGCCGUGGCGAGGGUCCAUGCUGAGAAUGGGGAGCUGGUGGCCGAGGGUGCGAAGGAAGUAUUAGAGCUGGGCAUCAGUGGUCCAGAGGGAAUUGAAAUCAGUCGUCCUGAAGAGCUGGAAGCGGAGGCAACACACAGAGCAAUUAUAAUUGCCAACAGGGCUCACUGCCCGAUUUAUCUCGUCAAUGUGUCCAGCAUGUCUGCAGGAGAUGUAGUGGCUUCAGCCAAGAUGCAAGGUAAGGUUGUUCAUGGAGAAACAACCACGGCACACGCUGUCCUGAAUGGCAUGCAGUACUAUCAUCAGGACUGGUGUCAUGCUGCCGCCCAUGUCACUGUGCCUCCUCUUCGUCUGGACUCCAGUACUCCCAACUACCUACUGAGUCUGCUGGGAAAUGACACUUUGAAUGUUGUGGCGUCAGACCAUCGUCCUUUCACCAUCAAGCAGAAAGCCAUGGGCAAGGAUGAUUUCACAAAGAUCCCCUGCGGCCUUCCUGGUAUUCAGGACCGGAUGAGUGUGAUCUGGGAGAAAGGAGUGAUUGGAGGUAAAAUAGAUGAGAAUCGCUUUGUUGCGGUCACAAGCUCAAAUGCAGCCAAGAUCUACAACCUCUACCCCCGGAAAGGCCGGAUCAUUCCAGGAGCAGAUGCUGAUGUGGUGGUCUGGGACCCUGAAGGAUCCAAGACGAUUUCAGUAGAUAACCAGUUCCAGGGAGGGGAUGUAAACCUUUACGAAGGCCUCCGUUGUCAUGGUGUGCCUUUGGUUACCAUCAGCCGUGGACGUCUGGUCUAUGAAAAUGGCAUGUUUACAUGUGCCGAGGGUUCUGGGAACUUUUUCCCGUUAAGGACUUUCCCAGAUUAUCUCUACAAGAAGAUGGUCCAGAGGGAAAAGAGCCAGGCAGUAAAACCUGUUGAACGAGAGCCCUACACAGGUGAAGUUGUUGCCGUAGUAAAUUCAGGGAAGAGGGACUUAGGAGCUCCAGAACUGGACACCCCAACACGUCCAUGCACACGACAUGGGGGCUUAAGGGACCUCCAUGAGUCCAGCUUCAGCUUGUCUGGUGUUCAGAUUGAUGACAACGUUCCAAAGAGAUCCUCAGCCAGAAUCCUGGCCCCUCCUGGAGGCAGAUCUAGCGGAAUCUGGUAACUAAGCAGUCAUCUGACGCAGAAGAAAGAAGACUUGGGGAAACAUGUGACCAAGCAAGACUUGUUUUUCUGUCUGGAAUCUUAGAUCAUGUUUUUUUUUUUUAACUGCAGUUUUGCAGAAUGACCUGGGAAACACUCCUUAUAUGGUAAUAGCAACGAGAAUUCAGUCAAAAGUUAAUUAAAAUAUGAGCUGCAGAAAAUGUUAGCUGCAAUUGAUUUACUUUGAAUCUUGUUAGGAAUAUGAAGUGAGUCAUGGUUUUACAAUGCAGUUGUGUUACCUCACUAUACAAUAMAAUUUUGCACUUGUAUCGUGUACUAAUUAGAUGCCUUUUACAUAAUUUAAUGCCACAACAUGUUCUGUUACUGCAAACAAUGGUGAAUGAAAUACACUUACUUAUCACAAAGACAUUGACAUAUGUUAGGUAUUGAAGGAAUUGUUGCUAACUAUUGUUUUGUUUGUAAAUAGCAUUGUUUGUGUUGAUUUAAUUUGAUGAUUGAGCUUAUUAGCUUAUUGACAUAUGUAGAAGAAUGACGUUCCAUUGUUAUCUGGUUUGCAUUUAAGAUUGUGUUUACACAGAUGGGCUUCUUUUAGGCCCAGUGAAUAUGUAUGAACCUCUGAAAUGAUCAAGCACAACUACUGAUUGUGUUGCACAACAUUUUUGUGAUCAUACUUCUCUCCAAAAGCAAAAUGUGUAGCUCUGAUUUAUUUCCACAGCUGAGCGCAGCAGCACCCUCACAUAUGCUGUACAUUGAUCAGUCAUUUUCUCUCUCUCUCUCUUUUUUUUUUUUGUAAAAACAAAACAAAAAAAUUAGUAGCAUAUCACUGUUAGCACAUGUGGGAGAAGGGCUGGACGGUAAAUUUCUGACAUUAAUGCCAGGUUUGUUGAGUUUGUUCAACAAGAAUAGAAAGGUUCUUGUACAUUUUUUAAUUUUCCUGUUAUUCCUUAAAUGUAUUUUUUUUUUCUCUUUCUCAUUAUGAGUUUGUACGAUUUGCCUUUAAAAUAGUCUUAGUUUUUCAUGUUUUAGGUUUUAGMCAAAGAUCAUCUUAUGUUGUAACGUCACCCCAGCCUUUUCGGUCAAACAUUGAUAAUGUCAACUGUUCAGAUGUUGAUAUUGCAAGAAUUCACUCAAAGUAUGUGCUGUGAAUGAAUCAGAAACCACUACAUUAAUUUUUUUUUAGCAUUUUGUGUCGAAUAAUGUUGAUUAGCUGGAUUGACUUCAAAAGUUAAUCAGUUAUAGAUGUACAGCCAGUGUUUACUUUCUGAAGGUUUCACUAAUAUCUGACUACUGGUUCAUGAGAUACUUUGUUAACAGAGAAACAGGGUUGUUUCUAAGCAAAGCUCUGAUUUUGUUCUGCUUUUGUUCGGUGUUAGAAUCCCCACAACUCWUUUUUUUUUUUUACCAGUUUCUUUGCUUGUUUUUACAAUACUCCAGUGAUUCUCUCAUGUACUUUGGUGCUGAACAAUGUGYUGUCACAUUGAAUUCCUCUCCUUUUUUCCUUGCAGCUUGUUAUUACAUGAUUUAAGUGCAAAUAAAAACAAAAGAAAUCUUA